GCAGUGAUAGGCAGAUAGAUUUUUAAAACUAAUGUUUCUUCUCUUGCUGCUCAUGUAGCCUAGACUUAGGCCUAUGAUGUUCAACAGGUGUUCCUUUAGGUUUUCACUGUAAGCUACAGUAGCCAGCGUAGUGAAAACCAAGGUAAGAAGUCACAUGAGGUAGGCUAUGUAUGAGGGAAACAAAAAAAACUUCCUGCUCCCAGCAGGCGGAAACAGUGAGGUGGAAGGUAUCAAACCGCCUUCGACUGACAGUGGAGUUUAAAAGUGCAAAUGUAUCAUGCUCGCGUUACGGUCGGCUGUUGGCCUCACCUCUAAAUGUAGUCCUCUUAAAGCUCGCGCCUUUCAAUCAGCUGGUAGAUCGUGGUGUAGGUUUAGAGUUGUGCGGGGGACUGCAUUACUUUAGUAAAUAAUGGAAAAUCACCUCCUGAAGUUUAUUCAUGAGGCUAAGUCACGGACCAACGCGGACAGCCUCAUCACAUCCGAGUAUAACAAGGUGCGUCAACAGUCCAUAAAGAGGAAGCAGGAAAUAGGCCUAACUACAGAGGCAGGAGGCCUACAGGAGAAUGUGAAGAAGAAUCGCUACAAGGAUAUAUUGCCCUAUGACCAGACCCGUGUCACUCUCGGCCUGUUUACUGAAGAGAAUGCGUCUGACUACAUUAAUGCCAAUUUUAUCCAGGGUGCCACUCCAAACAGGAGCUACAUCGCCACUCAGGGACCCCUUGGCCACACUGUGGUGGACUUCUGGAGGAUGAUCUGGCAGUAUAAUGUCAAGGUCAUUAUCAUGGCUUGCAGAGAAGUAGAACUGGGAAAGAGAAAGUGUGAGAACUACUGGGCUCCUGAGUCCAAGACAUCAGUCUUUGGUUCCUUCACAGUAACAAAUUUUGAAGAAUCUGGGCCAGAUGAGGAAGUUGUUAUAAGGACUUUAGUGGUGAAAUAUCAUGAAGACACACGCACCAUCCACCAUUUCCAGUACACCGCCUGGCCUGAUCACGGCAUCCCUAGCGCAUCUGAUGGCGUCCUGCGCAUGUUGGAGCUGGCUAGGCGAGCUCAGGGGAGACACACGGCUCCUCUUCUAGUCCACUGCAGUGCUGGUUGUGGGAGAACCGGGGUGCUAUGUGCUGUGGACCACGUUCAUGAUCUUUUGCACACCAAGCAAAUCGAAAAAGAUUUCAGCCUAAUGGACAUCAUUCUGGAAAUCCGAGAUCAAAGACCCUCAGCUGUACAGACAAAGGAGCAGUAUGAGUUUAUAUUUCAAACCGUGGUGGAGAUGUUUGAAAAGGCCUUGCGUGGCACCACAUCCACUUAUGACAAUAUCAAUGAGUAUCGCUUCUCCCUGUUCAAUGGCUCAGAGGACUCGGUGAAGCCAGUGCUCAGAUCUUCAUUAUCCUGUAGCGGAGUGGACACCAAGAGUAAACCCAGCCUGAAUCCCAAACCCAAGCGCCCCCAGCCCACACCGCGCAAGAUGAACGACACCUACGCCGUCGUCAACAAGUCUAAGCAGCUUCCCGCCACCACAACGCACCACUACGACAACAUCGAGCUCGGAGGGCCCAAAGGCAAGCCUCCCAGCUCAACCGCAGCUCCUGCCCUGCCCCCAUCCAGCACUGAAGUCUACAGCACCGUCAAGCCCAAAGGCCGGCCCGGUGCCCGCUCCCCCGCACCCCUCACACUGCCCAUCUAUGACACGGCAGGACCGGGCAAACAGCGGGCGGGGGAGGCACCGGCGGCACUGGCAAAGGACCACAGAGACUAUGAGCUGGUGCCAGGAAACUGUGGACCUUCCUCUAGAGAGACCCAGAUGAAGUUGCCCAGCAUCAAAGGAAAGUCGGACGGCAGCUCGUCACAAGAUGAUGAUUAUGAGUAUGUGUCGUGCCCCCUUAAAGACACCAACAGGACAACAGACAGUGUCAGUACUCCUGGAAGCAUAGGUUUCAACUGUAGGAUUAAGAAACCCAAAGGGCCCAGAGAUCCUCCGGCAGAAUGGAGUCGAGCAGAACGAUGAGCUGGGGCUGCAGAGGACCAGCUCUCCCGCACCUCCUACUGACAUCUACAUCUACUACCCUAUCGUAAGGGUGUUAAUUAUCGGACGGCGCGUGUUAUCGGCAAACGUUCGCGUUGUCAUGUGAAUCCAUUAUUAAACUGAAGUUAUAGAUUGUUAAUCCACUAUUAAACUUAAGCAUUUUGAUUGUUAAACAGAUUGGCCGAUGUUUGACACUGUCCGAUAACUGACAUAGGUACGCUAGUGAGGUGUGGUGGGUAUUUUAGACAGUGAGUGAGAUUGGCGUUGUGAGUUCAGUCCACUUUAUUGUUCAGAUUUGUAAUCCAGAUUGGGGUCUUGACUAUGUAUAUAAAGUGCUGGGAAGUAUUGAUUGUAAGUACAAAUGUUUUUAUUUAAUGUAGCUAAUAUAUAAUAAGCUGGAUUUAAGGGGAAUUGUGUGUUUUGGGAGUGUGUACAUUUAAAGCAAACUAUCGCUUCACUGACUUUGAGCUUUACUUGCAAAAUGAAGUCCUGUACAUCUGUCAUCCAGCUGUGAAACACUGAUAUGUUUGAUAAAGUGUAUUUGUCAAGUCUAACAACUAGCAGGCAACUAACAAACAACAAACAAUUGUAGAUGUACAAGGUCUUUAGGUCCUUCAGGUAUGAGUACAUCAGUAGGCAGGAAGGCACAGAUUGUUGUGGACCAGCUCAGUCAUAUGUAUUUGUAUACAUUUAUAUAUGUAAUACUACUGAACGUUUCUUCUUUUUGCAAUGUUUACUUAAGUACAUUGCAUAUACUCUUGUGAGCCACACCUGCAAAGGGAUAUUUGAGACGCAAGACACACCGUUGUUACCAGCAGAGGUCACUGUUGAGGUGUAAUUCUCCAACAGCCACACAAAGACAAAAAACAGGUAAAUGAGGUCAUCUGAAAA